UCGGCCGUCGCCUUCGCCACCCGCACGAGCUAUCCUCCCGUCAAGAAGCUCGCCCGCACCGAGCGCAAGCGCAUCCUCGUCACCGGCGGCGCAGGUUUUGUCGGCAGCCACCUCGUCGACCGCCUCAUGUUUCUCGGUCACGACGUCGUCGUCCUCGACUCCUUCUUCAGCGGCAACAAGACGACCUUGUCCCACUGGGUCGGUCACCCCAACUUUGAGCUCAUCCGAGGAGACGUCGUCGAGCCGAUCCUGCUCGAGGUCGACCAGAUCUACCACCUCGCGUGCCCAGCAUCGCCCAAAGCGUAUCAGCUCAACGCUGUCAAGACGCUCAAGACGUCGUUCGUCGGCACCCUCAACAUGCUCGGCCUCGCCAAGCGCACAAAGGCGCGCUUCCUCCUGAGCAGCACGAGCGAGGUGUACGGCUCGCCGACGGUGCACCCGCAGCCCGAGAGCUACUGGGGCAACGUCAACCCAAACGGGCCGAGGGCGUGCUACGACGAGGGCAAGCGCGUCGCCGAGGCGCUCACGUACGGGUACGCUCGGCAGGACGGCGUCGACGUGCGCGUCGCCCGCAUCUUCAACUGCUUCGGCGACACCGACGACGGCCGGCUCGUGAGCAACUUUGCCGUCGCCGCAUUGCGAGGCGAGCCGCUCCAGGUGUACGGCGACGGGCAGGCAACACGGUCUCUCAUGUUCGUCCACGACCUCGUCACGGGCCUCAUCGACCUCAUGGAGUCGUCGCACUCGCUCACGCCGGUCAACAUCGGCUCGUCAGACGAGGGCACGGUCCUGUCGUGGGCCGAGGAGAUCCUGUCGACCGUGCGCGAGCUGCGCGCCGCCGGCGAGAUCGCGCCGCUCCCCGCCGGCACGCCCGAGAGCAAGGUCGAGUUCGUGCCGGCCGUCGUCGACGACCCGCCGAGGCGGAGGCCCGACACGACGCUCGCCAAGGAGGUGAUCGGGUGGGACCCGCGGUGGACGGUCAAGGCGGGUCUCGAGGAGACGGUUCGGUACUUUGCCGCGCAGCUCGAGAUGGCCGACUGAGUGCAACCGAGUCUCUCUAACCCCC